UUAUUGUAUUGCUUUUCUUUGCACAUUGGUGCAUCACAACAACAAAUCUGGACUACUAUUACAUUUCAUCCUGCAGUUUUAGCAAAAGUGAAUAAUGGAAAACUCAGGCAGACCCUGUAGGGCUAAGCAAAGAGCCUGGGAGAGGGGAGCUACAGCAGCAGACAAGGAAGAAAGUUGGAAAAUGCAAGACCAGGUUCGUGGACAUAAUUCAACAUCGGAGGGAGGACAGCAGGGCAAGAAGGGAGGCCUGGGACCCCUGGGCUACUUGCCUGUUGGAUUUAGAAGUGGCCAAAGCCCCGCUCAGACCGACGACCUCCGAUGGUUUUCAGGCCCAGUGAACAGCGAUUUGAGUCAGGAGGAUAUUUGGAGAGGGCAUUCACAGCAGCAGUCCUGGAGGAGGAGAGCCCAGGUAGAAAGUCCAAAUGAGGACGGAGCGUACAGUAGGAGAGAGGACACAGAUGACAUUGCCCAUAAACCUGGAAGAAGACGGAGGAAGAGAAACAAGAAGAAAGCUUUGGCUGAAGAGUAUAAGGGCUUUGAAAUUGAAGAGUCCAGAGUCUCAGUUCAAGAGCUCCAAACUAUACGGCAAGCAGAGAGAAAACUUAAACAAGACGGGAUACACCCCCUUAGAAAGAAUUCUCAUAGCAAUCCUGGAGCUCUUUACACCUGCACUUUGUGUGAUAUUCUCCUGGAGUCAAUACCUCAUGCUUUCAAACACAUCAGAGACAAACGGCACAAGAAGAGGGUUCGGGAGAAACAAGAGCAGCUGAUGCUAGGUGAGAUCACACCUCCAGGUCCCGAGCACAUCUGUGCAGUGACUGAAGCUCUAAAGGCCGUUGUCCAGGAGCAUGGGAUGAAUGACCAGGAUGUUUUGAGGAGGGAGAGUGUUGUUUCCAUCAUGCAAGACCUUCUGAUUUCCAUCCUGCCAGAAAUAAAGCUCAGGCUUUAUGGCUCAUCUUGCACAAAGUUUGGAUUUAAGGAUUCCGAUGUCAACAUUGACAUUCAGUACCCACCUCACAUGCAUCAGCCAGAUGUCUUGUUGGUGGUUAAGGACACCCUCUCUGUGAGCCCUCUUUUUCUCAAUAUGGAAGCUGACUUUCAUGCCAGGGUGCCUGUGGUCAUCUGUAAAGAAAGAAAGAGUGGUUUAAUCUGCAAAGUGAGCGCUGGGAAUGAAAAUGCUUUCCAGACCACCUCCUACCUGUCUGCCCUUGCCAAUUCAGACAAUCUUCUCCUCCCGCUGGUCUUAGGCCUCAGACGUUGGGCACAGAUCUGUGAAAUCGACCGUCCCGAAGAAGGGGGGUUGCCUCCAUAUGUGUUUGCCCUCAUGGUUAUCUUCUACUUGCAGAAGCGUAAAGAGCCUCUCUUGCCUACUUAUCUGAACCAGGGGAUUAAGGUGUUUUCACUGAGUAGGCUGUCAGCCUUCAAUCUCACACAUACUGAUGACGGGUACAUCCACUGGACCUACAUCGCCCCUUCCUCCAAAGAAUCCUCCCUGGCAGCAGAGAGCUCCACUAUAAAGGGAAAGGUACCACUGGUGUUUCAGAGCACCCGUCCGGCGGUGGAAGUUGGGCUCCUCUGGAUAGAAAUGCUUCGCUUCUAUUCGCUGGAAUUCAUCAUGGCUGACAACGUGAUCGGUGUGCGAACCAAUGCUGUCCUCUCUCGAGAGAUGAAAGACUGGCCAAAGAAACGCAUUGCUAUCGAAGACCCGUUUGCUGUAAAGAGAAACGUGGCCCGCACUGUGAACAGCCAGCAAAUGUUUGACUACAUCCUCCACUGCCUCAAGACCACAUAUAAGUACUUUGCUCUUCCGCUCAAUACGUCCGCUGUUAACCACAGAGGAGAAGCCAAGCGGGGCCAAGACCAAGGAGCCAACACUGAGGCUUUCAGUGGCCUGUCCAAUUUCAGUCAGCUCUCCCUUCAGUCCCAACGUGCAAGUCAAGCUCAGGCUGCAGAUGACGGCGCAGAUGACUCUGAUUGCAUCAUUGAAGAAGAAGAGGAAGUUGAGGAAUGCAGUGACUCUGACGAAGAGAAGGAGAAGGAAAAGGCAGACCCGGGAAAAAGCAGUUUCUCAGAAGAUGAGGAUGAGGAAGAGCAGGAUGACGAUCUGGAUGUCGAUAUUCAGACGCAUGAUCGACAGCAUUUGGACAGCUUCACAACAGAGGAUGAAGAUAUUUUCCCAGUUGAUGAGAUUUCAGGGGAGGAACUUCUGUCUGACGAGGAGGCCCCGGAUUUGGACACACCUGGUUCUCUGGAUGAGGAAGAGGAGCUGGCACAUGUCAGGCUUUCACCUUCAUCUUCAAAGAGUAGAACUGAAAAUGAAGGUACUAAAAAUAAAAACCAACAGCAAAGCCCAUUGGCUUAUGAGUUCACCAAGCAAGCUUUUACCAAAGGAAAGUCGCACACGGUGGUGUGUAGCUUGUGCAAACGUGAUGGACAUCUGAAGAAAGACUGUCCGGAGGAUUUUAAGAAAGUGGAGCUGGACCCUCUGCCCCCGUUAAAACCAGACUUUCUCCGUGUCCUCAACAGAGUUUGUGAACAAUGCUACAGCGACUUUGCCCCUGAUGACCUGGAAAACGGUGUAAGAGAGCUCAUCCUUCAAGACUUGGAGAGCUUUGUUAGACGACAGUUUGCUGGUGCUCGGCUACAACUGUUUGGAUCAUCCAAAAAUGGUUUUGGCUUCAGACAGAGUGAUCUCGACAUCUGCAUGGUUUUGGAGGGAAAGGAAACCAUAGAUGAUUUUGACUGCAUUAACAUCAUUAAAGGCCUGGCAAGACAGCUGAAGAAACACCCAGGUCUGAAGAACAUCCUUCCCAUCACCACAGCUAAAGUACCCAUUGUAAAAUUUUACCAUAUUCGCACUGGCUUGGAGGGAGACAUCAGCCUCUACAACACACUGGCCCUUCAUAACACACGCCUGCUAGCAUCAUAUGCUGCCAUAGACAGAAGAGUGAAGAUCCUCUGUUAUAUAAUGAAGGUUUUCGCAAAGAUGUGCGAUAUUGGAGAUGCUUCACGUGGCAGCCUCUCAUCCUAUGCCUACACUCUCAUGGUGCUAUUCUUCCUUCAGCAGAGAAACCCACCAGUCAUCCCUGUGCUGCAAGAGAUUUAUGAUGGAAAAACGAAGCCGGAAGUGCUUGUUGAUGGCUGGAAUGUGUAUUUCUUUGAUGAUUUAAAAACUCUGCCUCGUCAAUGGCCACAGUAUGGAAAGAACACGGAGACCGUGGGGGAGCUCUGGCUCGGCCUGCUCCGCUUCUACACAGAGGACUUUGACUUUAGAGAGCAUGUUGUUUGUAUCCGACAGCAUGCCCGCCUCACCACGUUCAACAAACAGUGGACGUCCAAGUACAUUGUUAUUGAAGACCCAUUUGACCUGAAUCAUAAUUUGGGUGCUGGUCUCUCCAGGAGAAUGACAAACUUUAUCAUGAAGGCGUUCAUCAAUGGAAGAAGAUUGUUUGGCACACCCGUGACAGUUGUACCACCAGUGUAUCCCAGUGAAAUGGAGUAUUUCUUUGACCCAGACGUUCUGACUGAGGGAGAAGUCGCUCCCAACGAUCGCUGCUGCCGCGUCUGUGGCAAGAUCGGACACUUUUUGAAAGACUGCCCCAUGCGGAACAAACCCAGGCACAGACGGGAUUCGGAGAACAGGCCAGAGCACUUUCAGGAUUCAGCCGAGGAGUUCAUGGAUCCAGUCAGGUACAAGAAUGAACACUGGAAGAAAAGAGAUGCACUGGAGAUGCGCUGCUGCUUCCUGUGUGGAUCAAGCGCCCACAUCAAGAAGGACUGUCACCUUUACAGAAGCCCCGCAGGUAAUGUGAAAAUGGAAAACCUUACAUCCUCCUCAUCAGGCCACCUUAAACAUUUAAGAGAAAAGGAGAACCAGGGCUCAUCUGCACAGGAAGAGAGGAGGAGAAAGAAACAGAAUGUAAUUCUAAGUCCGCAAGCAGGUAGUUUAGCUCGUCGAAAUGUAGGUCGUUCUGGUCCCAGGAAAAGCCCAGAAGAGUGAGGAGGGCCACUGGAUACUCAGAGCACAGGAUUUCUGCUGUUGUCCCGACAGACUGCAUCUCAAAUUCGGGGAAAUCCUUAAAUCUGAAUACUACUGGGCCUUUGGGUGCCCAUUAAAAAGCCAAAGCCUGGACAUCAAGACUUGAAGCCAAAUAGGGCCUUUUAUGUGUGUAUUUCCUCCUCAGAUGAGCUUUUAAAGCUUUUGUUUUAUCAAGACCAGCCAUUACGCAUGUCCAGUGUCUUUGUUUGAAUUCUGUUUUUUAUUAUUAUUCUUUACACCACAGUCCAAUAAUGGUCAUUUCAAAUCCCGUCUCCCCCCAAAUACCCUCAAAAGCUAUUAGGGUAAACAACUAUUAAGGUAUUAUAUAAAGAUGGUGUGUGCUGAAAUGAAUGAAGGAAGGUUGAUGAUCUUUUCUCAUGUCUUCAUUCAGUUUCAAACUAAAAUCACUAUGCUAUAAAAGGUUGCUCAGUUUACGUGGUUCUUGUCUUCUAAAGAUUAAGAUUUUUAUCGGGAUUUAAGAAAGGUUUAAUGAAGAUUUUAUUGGCAGUAUUUUUUUUUUCUGUGGCAGUCUUUUUUUUUCUUUACUACGUAUUUUAAAUCGUUCUGUUUUCUGCUCAGCACUGAGGCCUAUUCAUUUCUGUCCAGCUCAGAAUGCUUCAUUAAGUUUGGCUGGAAAAAUGGCAACAUUUUAUUUUAUUGUUAAAUUGCAAUUUGCUCUCUUCGUUUCACUGCUACACCGUCUCUCAUCUGCCUGCUGGUGUGCACCAGAAGACCGAGGCUCAACUUCCUCCACUGUUUCUCCACACAUGCCUGGAAAUGUUAUGACGGUGCAACAACACGGUAGAGGGAACAAAUUUCACAGCUGCACUGGAAAGGAUUUUUAGAAAAAACACACCAACUGUUCCAGCUGUCUGUAUUACCUCCUGCAAACUCCACAUACACAUAGACCUGAAAAUCUCUUCCCUUUUAUUAUGAUUGCCACAGAUUGUUAGCUGCACUGUGAAGGUUCAACCCCUUCAAUUUGUUUUGCUGCUUGAUUUGUUUUAAAGAUUUCAUUCAUCGUUAAUUAUGGGAAUUCUGCCUUCAUUUUUAGAUUGUUCCUAAAACAAAAAUGAUAUUUGGUUUCAUGGUCAGUUCUAAUUUUAAAGUUUAUUUUAAUGCCAGCCUUCUUCUAUAUGUUUUGAUGGACUCAAAUGAUCAAAGGUUUGAUAUGUAAUUUAGGAAUCCUGAUCCAGGCAGGAAAGGUUUGCUUGCAGUCCAUUUUGUCUGGCAAAAAACAAAUUAAACAUCAAUUUACAACUCUG